AAAAAAGAAAAUUAAAAACAAAAAAAGGGGGUUUAAAAGAGGAAUGGAGAAAUGGAAGAAUGCAUGACUUGUGCAGAGACUGUCAUAAAAGAGGGGAUGCUGAUGAAACAGACCAGCUCCUUCCAGCGCUGGAAGAGACGAUACUUUAAGCUGCGAGGACGAACACUCUACUAUGCAAAAACUGCUAAGUCCAUUAUUUUUGAUGAGGUGGAUCUGACAGAUGCCAGCGUGGCAGAAUCCAGCACAAAGAAUGUCAACAACAGCUUCACGAUUAUCACUCCAUGUCGGAAGCUCAUCCUUUGUGCUGAUAACAGAAAAGAGAUGGAAGACUGGAUUGCAGCACUGAAGACUGUACAAAACCGUGAACAUUUUGAGUCUACCCAGUACAGCAUGGACCAUUUCUCAGGGAUGCACAACUGGUACGCCUGCUCCCAUGCCCGGCCAACGUACUGCAACGUGUGUCGGGAGGCCUUGUCUGGGGUCACGUCACAUGGGCUGUCCUGUGAAGUGUGCAAGUUUAAAGCCCACAAGCGCUGUGCUGUGCGGGCAACCAACAAUUGCAAGUGGACAACUCUGGCCUCUAUCGGGAAGGAUAUCAUUGAGGAUGAAGAUGGGAUCUCAAUGCCACAUCAGUGGCUGGAAGGAAACCUGCCUGUGAGUGCUAAAUGCACUGUGUGUGAUAAAACCUGUGGCAGUGUCCUGCGCUUGCAAGACUGGCGCUGCCUGUGGUGCAAAGCCAUGGUACACACAGCAUGUAAAGAGUUGUUGCCAAACAAAUGCCCUCUUGGGCUCUGCAAAGUGUCUGUCAUUCCUCCUACUGCUCUUAACAGCAUUGAUUCAGAUGGUUUCUGGAAAGCUACUUGUCCCCCUUCUUGCACAAGCCCUUUGUUGGUCUUUGUCAACUCAAAAAGUGGAGACAACCAAGGAGUAAAAUUUCUACGAAGAUUCAAACAACUGCUGAAUCCAGCCCAGGUGUUUGACCUAAUGAAUGGAGGACCUCACCUUGGCUUUGCUUUAAUUGAUGUGGCCAUGAGUGUGAAGGCAUGCCAGCUGGGAGUGUUGCCCUUGGGAACAGGGAAUGACCUUGCCCGUGUUUUAGGCUGGGGUUCUGCUUGUGAUGAUGACACUCAGCUCCCACAGAUCCUGGAGAAGCUGGAGAGGGCCAGUACCAAAAUGUUGGACAGGUGGAGCAUCAUGGUGUAUGAAACCAAACUCCCUCGCCAGGCCUCCACUUCCACAGUCACUGAAGAUUGCAGUGAGAAUUCAGAGGUGCAGAAGAUUCUCUGCUAUGAAGAUUCUGUGGCUGCUCAUUUGUCCAAAAUUUUGACUUCUGACCAACACUCAGUGGUGAUAUCCUCAGCCAAAGUGCUUUGUGAAACAGUGAAGGAUUUUGUGGCUCGAGUAGGGAAAGCCUAUGAGAAGGCAACAGAAAGCUCAGAAGAGUCAGAGGUCAUGGCCAGGAAGUGCUCUGUCCUGAAGGAGAAGCUGGACUCAUUGCUGAAGACACUGAAUGAUGAAUCUCAAGCAUCUUCCUCUCUGCCCAACCCUCCUCCCACCAUUGCAGAGGAGACAGAGGAUGGGGAUGGGUCGGGCAGUGCUGGUGACUCUUCAAGUGAGCUUUCGAUGGGCUCGGCAUGCACUGCGCGGCCCCAGAUAUUCCGUCCCCGAGAGCAGCUCAUGCUGAGAGCCAACAGCUUGAAAAAAGCCAUUCGCCAGAUAAUAGAGCAUGCAGAGAAAGCUGUAGAUGAGCAGAAUGCCCAGACCCAGGAGCAAGAGGGCUUCCUCCUCAGUCUCUCAGCCUCUGAGGAGGGUAAGGAACUGAGGAAUGAGGAUAAGAUUUCCAUGCAGUCAUCACACAGCAGCAGCUACGGAGUGUCCAAGGGGAGGAGCCAGAGGAAAGCCUCCAAGUCUCCUUGUGAAAGACUAAUAAACAAAGGAAGUUUGUCACUGGGCAGCUCUGCAUCCCUUCCUCCCCAGACAGGAAGCCGGGACAACUUGCCAAUGCUGAACACAAAAAUCCUGUACCCAAAUAUCCGUCCUGGCAUGUCAGGUUCUUUGCCUGGGAGCUCUGUCAUCAGCCGAUUGUUGAUCCAUGCUGAUCCCUUUAACUCUGAGCCUGAAAAUCUUGAAUGUUAUACAGAAAAGUGUGUAAUGAAUAAUUACUUUGGAAUUGGACUGGAUGCAAAGAUUUCUUUGGACUUCAACAACAAACGUGAUGAGCACCCAGAGAAAUGCAGAAGUCGUACUAAGAACAUGAUGUGGUAUGGAGUACUGGGGACCAAGGAGCUGCUGCACAGAACAUAUAAAAACCUGGAGCAGAAGGUCUUGCUGGAGUGCGAUGGGAGGCCUAUCCCUCUGCCCAGCCUCCAGGGGAUUGCUGUACUCAACAUUCCCAGCUAUGCAGGAGGCACCAACUUCUGGGGGGGAACCAAGGAAGAUGAUACAUUUACAGCCCCUUCCUUUGAUGACAAGAUUUUGGAGGUGGUGGCCGUGUUUGGUAGCAUGCAGAUGGCAGUGUCACGUGUGAUAAACCUACAGCAUCACCGGAUUGCACAGUGCCGGACAGUAAAGAUAGCAAUCCUUGGAGAAGAGGGCGUUCCUGUUCAAGUGGAUGGAGAAGCCUGGAUCCAGCCUCCAGGUUACAUUUGGAUUGUUCAUAAGAACAGGGCACAGACCCUCACUCGAGACAGGGCAUUUGAGAGCACCCUGAAGUCUUGGGAGGACAAACAGAAGUGUGAGUUGUCACGACCCUCUUCUUUCUCUCUGCAACCAGAGAUCAUGUCUGAAGAAGAAUCCACCCAAAUCAUCCAGUUUGGUCAAGCUGCAGGUGCUCUGAUCCACAGCAUUCGGGAAAUAGCUCAAUCCUAUCAGGACAUGGAACAGGAGCUUGCCCAUGCUGUCAAUGCCAGCUCCAAGUCUAUGGACAAAGUCUAUGCUAAAUCCAAGUCUACAGAGGGUCUGAACUGCAGCCUUGUUGUAGAGAUGGUGAAUAAUGUCAAAGCCCUGCACAAUGAGACAGAGCUGCUGCUGGCAGGCAAGAUGGCACUGCAAUUAGAUCCUCCACAAAAGGAGCAGCUCCAGGCAGCCCUGGCAGACAUGGACCUCCAGCUGAGGAAACUGGCAGACAUCCCUUGGCUGUGGCAGCUUAUGGAACCCUGUGAUGAGGAGAACCAGAUGCUGGAUUAUUCUAAACGCAGCCGCAGUGGCAAAUUCCGCCUGGUGACCAAGUUUAAAAAGGAGAAGAACAACAAAAAUAAGGAGACUCACAGUAGCAUGGGAUUGCCGGUUCACCUCUGGGGAACGGAGGAGGUUGCGGCGUGGCUUGAGCACCUCAGUCUUUGUGAGUAUAAGGAUAUCUUCAUCCGGCAUGACGUCCGGGGCUCUGAGCUCCUGCACCUUGAACGGAGGGACCUCAAGGACCUGGGUGUGACCAAAGUGGGUCACAUGAAGAGGAUAUUGCACGGGAUCAAGGAGCUGAGCCGGAGUACUCCUGCCAGCGAGGCUUAGCUUCUGUUUUCACAGCCUGUGUCUACCAUUCUCCCUAACUGCACAGCAGUCACCUCACAAAGCAGAUGUGCUCACAACUAUCUCUGCUGAACGGCCAAAUUUUAGCUGUUCAGAGCUCAUAUCAACCAAGCAUGGUGCUACAUUUUUCCUGUGGGGUAUGGCUGCAUCCAGUGGAGAGGCGCUUCCUCUGCGGUUGGCAGAACCUCCUGGAGAGAACUCACUCGCUGUUCGAAGAGCCAUGCCCUGUGUCGUGAGAAGUUCUGAUUCCAGGGACAGUCCAGGAUUCUUGAGAACUGCAACACAGAUACCUUUACUGGAUAACUUCAUCACAGUAGAAUCAUUCAGGGCAAAAGAUGUAUUGGCCAGUCUUAGUUCAGAAGCAUCUGACAGUCUUUUCAGACACAAAACUUUCCUGCUCAUCUGUGUCACACCUGUAUUUAGCAUAUUUAAGUGGCACAAAAACCUCUCCUUGCUUCUUGCUAAUCCCUUUUGAAUGCAUCUGUAGUUGUGUGCAAUUGGCAUCUGAAAUUCAAAGCCAGUGCAGACCUCUUCCAAUGAAUAUUCAGUGAUUCUCAUUCACUCACACUCUUGCAACAAACAGAGCAUGUGCUUCAGAAGGAGCUUGCACCAGCUAACAGGGUCUUCUGCUGGUCCUGCUCUCCUCUUCCAGCCAGGGGCAAUGGUACAACCUUCAAGUUUUCACAAAAAAUGUGGUGCUGAGUCAUCACAGACAAUUGUGCAGAAAUUCUUGGAAGUAAGAAAAGAAAAAUCUGGAGAGCCAAAUGGUUACAGGAGAUUAGCUCUGACAUUCCUUCAUCUCUGGGAGAACAGAUAAAAGGGAAAGGAAAGCUAAUGAGCUGUUUGGGCUACACAAGAAGGGAGAUAUAGGACAACUUGCUUCAUCUUGGGAGAGGGAGCAGCAUGACUGGCAAUGGCCAGGGGAGCUUCCUGCCUGUUUAGUGCCACUUCUGUGGCCACAAACAUGAGGGCGGUUUCUUUACUUCAGCUUGCAGUGUAGAAAACUAUUUCUGUCACAAAAUAUGCGAUUUAAGUCUAGUACGUGUAUCUUUUCACUUGUCUUGGUAUCAGUAGCUUUUCCAUCUUCCUUCUCUUUCUUGCUGCUUUGCUCCUUCACUCCAGGGUGAUACAAAAGAUUAGAGUAGCUCAGUUCUCCUUGGCUGUACCCCUAAGAGAUUGCUUCUGCUGUCAAACAUUGGGGCUCCUGUAAGAAUGCUGAGAUAAGGAGGAUUGUUAUCGAGAAAACCAGCAUCAUAAUGAAAACUGGAAUAUUUUGAUAAAUUGCCUUUGGUAUCAUCAACAGUGGAGCAUGGAAAAAUUAGUGCCUCUGAAUUAGAGUUUCUAGAUGGCUGACUCCAGUUGGGUGGCUGUUAAAGCCCAAGACCAGUAUGCAUAUUAUAUCACCAUCUUUAUCACUGCAAAGGGAAUUUGGCAACAGUCAGUGCUGUAAAAUGUCAGACAGCAGAAAUUUUAAAUUGUUUUUGUCAUUUUCUGUGUAUUUUUAAUUAUUACAGAAUGGCACCUGACAAUGGCUGCAGACAGAAAAGCCCACAUACACAGUGGCAUAAAAGAUAAUUUGCUGAUGACAUAAUUCUUCUUUUUUUUCACUUAUAACGAUAUUUAUCAAAUUGAUAUCACUUCUCUAGUCUAAUAACAACCAAUUGAGUUAGUUGAUGUAGAGAUUUGUCAGCUUUAUAAAGGCUCAGGGCUGAUUUUGUUUCAGCUGGGCAAACUCCAUUGAAUUCCUUAGCAUUUCACCAAGGGUUAUUCUGACUCUGCCUGUCUGUUCUAACCAGACACAUAACAACAUAUUCUCCCAUGUGUCUCCUCUCAGCCUGAUGAGUGACAGGUUUUGCUCAUGAGAAGGUAAAAGAAGACUAAACAUACUUUAUCCAGCUACAAACACUUGUGGUAUAAAUACUGUGGGACCUGAACAGGAAAUAUGUCCAUCCUUGCCCUGAAUGUAUUUCUCCUAUGUGUAUGUUGGCAAUUGCUUCCAUAGCUGUAUUUUUUAUUUAUCAGUACAGACCCCCUCUGACUAUAUUGAAUUCCUGAGGUAUCAGGUAAGCAAGAAUUGCAAGCAUACUGUAUUGCCCUACUUGCUUGUUGCAGCACAGAGCAGUGUCUGGAUGAAAACGAGGAGAAACCUCUUUUGGAGAGCCCCAGGAUACAGCCAUCCUCAGUGGUGAUGUGCAGUGACCUCACAGGGUGUGCAUGCCACUGUCUAUCCCAGAACUGUGCGUGGCUGGGACAUCCAUGUGCCUUCCCAGGAGAGGGCAGCAGGGGGCUGAGGCAGGUGAUAACUCCGGAGAACAGGUGAGAUCUUUGUUUGUCCCUGUAUGUUCCUAGUGAAGGAGCUGUUCUGUGAACUUUCCCCAGGCAGCCUUAUCGUUACAGAUGCAUAAACAGUAAGUGCUUGCCUUGCAUAAUCCUUGAGGUAUUAAAUUCUUGCUUCCAUAGAAACAGCUCCUCUUUCCUCUUUCUGCCUAGAGCAACAGAGGAAUCCAAAGAGUUUUUACAUUCAGGUGUAUUCCUUAAUUCAUGCCAUAUUUAUCAAGAACUGAUGGCCAUUGGCCAUUUGCAUGAGUGAUGAGGCAUGCACAGACCCAUCUUCAUUUCUUCUGCUUUUAUGAUCUGUGUGUCAAUGCCUUCAGAUCCUUUUUGUGCACAUGCACAUUUAUCAAAGGGUUGACAGCCACUAUAUUCCUGUCUGUUACUUAUCAGAGGCAGGGAGGGAGUUCUGCCUUCUGUUUAGAGCUAGAAAACAGGAUCUGCGUUUAACCUGAGUGCCUUUGAAUAUUUAUUUAAGUAUAGAUCUAAAAAACCCCAAAGUGUUGUAGCUCUGUGUGUCUCACUAGGAAAAGUGCAGAUUUCUGUUGGCAAGUUUUUUGUGAGUAGAUGAAGACAAUUUGUGUUGAACAUCAGUGAGCCUAUCUGCAAAGUAGGGAGCCAGGUAAAACUCCUGGCUACGUUAUUCUGAGUUUCUCUUGUGACUUCUGAUAAUUUUUUGUGGGAGAGAAACUCAGGAAAGGCAACUAGUAAAAAAAAUGUGCUGCUUUGCCAAAAAGAGACUGUCUAGCAGUCUCAAGAGCACCAGCCUGAGAGAAGCUAGAACUGCACGUAUCACACAGGUAUUUAGACCCUGAAGAAAAGCAACUUCUGUGAAAGCCAUGUGGCAUCUUCUCCCUCACCCCUGGCAGUGGCUGCAGUGAGCUGGGCACGGGGUUUCUUCUCCUUGGAAGAGGCUUCACUCUGUUCUCUGACAUUCUGGCACCAUCCUGGAUAUUUAAUGGCAGAUUCUGGGGAAUGGUGGUUGGGGCUGAGAUUGCAUUCACUGGAGACUGGAGGGAGGUUUGGCUGUUGGCAGUGCCCUGGGCUGCCCUCGAGAGGGCUGUUGUAGCUU